AUGGAUUCACCACCAAUUUUAUUUUCUUAUACGACUACUUUAAAAGAUAACACAACAAAAGUAACUAUAUAUCCAAUAUUAUCUAUUGAUAUAGUACCAAAUUCUUUGUUUGAAUUUCUUUGUGAUGAAUAUAAUUUGGAAAUUGAACGUGGGGAAACAUUACCACACUUUGAAACAUUAUCAAUGAAACAAUUUAUACGUCACUGGUUUGAUAAAUCAGUAGUUGGUAUCAUGAUAUUAGGAGAAAAUCCAAUUACAAAUCAUAAACAUCGAAUAUGGGAACAAGAAUGUUUAGGUAUAUUUAAUAUUAAACCUAAUUUUCCAGGGAAAAGAUGUUCUCACAUUUGUAGUGGUGAAUUUUUAGUAAAUGCUGGUAUUAGAGGCAAAGGAAUUGGUAAGAUUUUAACCAAUGUUUUUUUAUUUUGGAGUUCUCAUUUAGGUUAUGAAAGUUGUAUAUUAAAUCAAGUUUUUGAAACAAAUGUAUCAGCUAGAAAAUUAUGGGAAUCAGGAGCAUUUAAUUUCAAAAGGGUCGGAAAAAUUGCUAAAUCAGUGUAUUUGAAAAAUUAUGACGAUCCAGUAGAUACAAUAAUUUAUGGUAAGAACUUAAAGGAAGAAGAGGAGCCACAAGAUAAACAAGGUGCUACGAAUAUAGAUAAUUCCAGUGUUAGAUUUGAUAAAAUUAAACAUUAUUUACAAACUGGAAAAUAUCAUAAAGAUGCAACACGUCAAGAGAAGUCAAGAUUACGAUCUUCUUCAUCGCAUUAUUCAAUAAUGGAUAAUAAACUAUACAUGAAAGGUAAAGAGGUUAUAUCUAAUCCAGCUAAACAAUUGGAAAUUUGUCAAAUUUUACAUGAAAAAAAUGGUCAUUGUGGGAUAAAUAGAUGUACUUCCUUAGUCAGUGAACAUUAUCAUUGGAUGAGAAUUAAGGAUUCUGUUACUUUUUGUAUCAAAAAUUGUAAACUUUGUAAGAUAAAUGAAAAACAAGUAGCAGCUCGUAUAAUUCAACCAGUUUUAAAAAGGGCAAGGUUAAAUGAAAAUUUACAACAGGUUAUACAACAGGCCCAACAAAAUUUAACUUACGCUGACGCUGCUGCUACUGCUUUAAAAGAUUAUAAACAAACAGAUAUGACAACUCAUGUGCAAUCUUAUUUGGAUGAAUAG